UAGUCUUCAACUGAUCGCUCGCGCCGAUGAUUUAAUUUUUAAGUUAAAGCCUGCGCCCAGUGUAGCAGCCAGCAGCGUUACUCACAUCCAUACAUACAUACGUGCGAAUAUACAUACAUACAUGCCUACAUAAUACGGCGUACAUCGAUAAAUAGAUAUACCCCGCAGAUAUAGUGUCUCGAUCGACAGCAACGAACCCAUGGAAACCUAAACGAGCGAUCUGCAUUAAAUGAGAAGAAAAAAUCACACAAGAAGAAAAACCAACGAACGAACACAACAACGCGAACAAAAACAAAAAAAAACCAAAACCAAAACGGAAUCGUAAUAAUUGACGAGCAGACAACGAGCCGAGAACAAGCAGCACAAAGCGACAAACCAAAAAUAGACGAUACCAACGCAGCCACAGCAAGAGCAACAACAAUAGGCACUACAAUCAAUUGUGAUCGCCGUGCACUUGUGUGAGUGCGUAUGCGUAUGCGUAUCUGUGCCUUUGCAUUUGCCGCUGUAUCUGUAUCUGCAUCUGUAUCUGUAUCUGUGUCUGGAAGCCCGCAAUCCAUAACUAUCUAUUGGGCGUGGAGGGACGCUUCGAAAUAUUAAUUAUUUCUGACACUGUUUACGGCUUGACUUGGCGCAUGCCAAGCAUGAUUAAACGAGACACGAAAGAGCGUAUCUACAAAGUAGAUAAAUAUCUUUAUACGAACAACUAAGCUGCGGCACCAAGCAACAAUCGAAUCGACGAAUAGCAACAACGCACAACGCAACAAACCCAUCUAUAUACUCUAUACACAGAGAUAAACAAAAGCUCACGCAGCAGCAGCGAAACAAUUUGGAAGAAACAUUUUUGCACUAAAAGACCCAGCAAUCUGAAUCUGCAAAAGGGGAAGAUAGCCCUCACAUCGUAUUAAGAAGAGAACUCAACUCGACAAAGGAGGAAAGGAAACCAACUAUUGUGAUAUGUACAAAUUUACUCAAAUACUGAAGCCACACAUUUAGACGUUUAUUCGACGGAAUCCCAGUUGUGAACCGAUUAACCGGAGGAUAAUCUACCAAAGAUUAGGCUUUCAUCUUCAAUUAAGUUUACCCAAAUAGAGCAGAAGCAGUACUCGAAAAUCGCAAGAUGGCCGAAAAAGUGGAACUGGCCCAGGCCAGCCUGAAUGGCCAACAGAAUGAUCCACGGAAGGUGCGCAAGUCACCGGAAUUUCAGCCCGGCGUUAUCUCUCGCGAACGCAGCUUUGUGCGCACCUCGAAUCAACAGAAUAUCAACAAACGCCGAAGUCUGGCUUUCAACGUACCUGGCAAUCAAUCGGGACAGAUGAGAGGCAAACCAGCCAUGGAUAUCUACAGACCUCCCAAUGUGCGCGGAGAGCUGGCCGCUCCAGCCGGUGGUGUCGGUGGUGAUGGUUCGAAUGGUGCUAUCGGUGGUGUCGCCAACAAGCUGAACGUCAAUGCCCAGGAGUUCACAAUGACAACCAGCUCCGGGGCACCGGCCGAGGCACUCAGCAAUCGUUCGUCGCUGAUCUUCCCGCCCACCAAUGGACCAGGCGUCGCAGUUGCACCGGUUGUGGGCCAGUACGGAAACGUGAAUCGCCGCCAGGCCGGACUCUCUCUCGGCAACAUGACGGGCUUGAAGACCAACCAUCGCUCGAUCCUGGUGACGUAUCCAGUCAAUAACGGUGCCCUCAGCGGUCAGCUGCCGCUCAUGAACUCGCCCUCCAGUGGAAAUAUACUACACACAACCAAUCGUGUAAAGUUUGCACCUGAGCCCCGAGGUCACAAAGUGGCUUCCCAUAAUCAGUUUGGUCAGCAAAACAACAACUAUGCUCAGCCUUACCAGGCGAGCAUUAAUGGAGUAGAUCCGUACAUGAAUGGAAAUGCACUGCAACGCUCCAAAUCGUUGUCGUCGGCGGAUGCCCUAACUCGGGGAAUGGCCGGAUUGGGACUUGGCUUGGGUAACGAGGUGGCCGACAUAGGACAGUUUACCCCAGAGAUACAGGCGCUUAUUGACACGGCCCUGGAAGAUCCCAAUAAGCUGAACUCUCGUUGUCUCAUGGAACUGACAUCGCAGUUCAUCAAACGUGCGGUUGAGAGUCGCCGCUUUGCCCUGCCAAUAUCACGGCUGUGUCUGAACAUCAUCGCCCGGGAGCAGAAGGAAACGUUCCUUGAGGCGUUGCUCAACACAUGCCGUCAGUGGUACCAGGAGCGUGAAAAGCUGCUGUUUGCCAUCCAGGGCAUGAAGUCGCCAUCACGGGUUCGAUUUACCGCCUUCAUGGCUUUCCUCACGGAGAUGUUUUGCCAGCUCAAACGUCGGCAGCUCCAACUACGCACCCACCACGAGGGGACUCCUCCACCGCUGGUGCUGCUUAGUCUGCUGUCUAAAUGCUGCGAGGAUUGCGUGCGUCCACCCAUUAGAUCACUUUCAGAGAUUGAGUGUCUGUUCUAUGUACUGACCUGUAUUGGCCAGGACAUGGAGCAGCAGCUGCCACAGCAACUAGAGUUGCUCAUGGGUCUGGUUCGCGAUGCCUUUUUGAAUGCCGGCGAGUCUGCGGCUUCCAUUCGGCGCACUCUCCUCCAACUCAUCGAGCUGAAGGCCUCCCACUGGCAGCUACCAGGCAAUACGGUUCUCUACUACACGCACACUAACAAUUAGGUCUUGAUUAUGAGAAAAUAAUUGGAACCAGAUGUGGAGCUGGCGGGGAUACGGGCACUUUGCAAUCAUCAGGACACCAUCAGCUAUAGAUUCUGUUGUCGCAUUGCAUUUAGAGCCUGGAAAACUUCUGUUCUAUUUAUCUUAUUGUAUUCUUACCUAGACAUAAGCAAUAUUUAUUUCGGCACCAGCUAUAGAGAGAAACUAACCCGAGACUUGCACACUACACACCAAGCACAGUACCAAUUAAGUUCGAACGCUUGGCUUCGGUAUCUUCGGACUCUGCUAUAAUCUAAGGCUCAACAUUUAUGUGAAUCCAUAUAUUUAUGUGUAAUAAAUCACAGCUAGUCAAACUA